UGGCUGUGCCACAGUAUAUAUGAGGCUGUGCUUACAUACACCUGCUUACACCGUGUGAUCAGUGUAUCAGUGAUGAUUGGCGCGUGAGGGAGGAAGGAGGAGGAGCACGUUGGUCCCCACGUCCAUCGGUUCAUUUGCGUUCAAUUGCGCUACGCUUUGUGUAUGUCGUUCGUCGCGUUCGUCGGUGAUAAGCCUCUCAAUUCCCGCUCCUUGUCUCGACGGCGAUACGCAGGGCAGGGAGUACCUCGCGCGUUUUCACGGUGCGUACCAACGACGACCCGUCGUCGCCCGUCCUCGUUUCGUUCAUUGAGAAACACGGCUAUGGCGUCGUCCGAUCAACCGAUCAACAUUGUCGCAGAUCCAGCAGCACCUAACGUCGGAGAAACAACGGAGAGUACCAAGGAUUUGGCAGAAUCGAAAAAGGAAGCUGCUAAUGAGCAUUAUUCACAAAAACAGUACAAGAAAGCAUUGGUCGGGUAUAAUGAAGUUAUUGAAUUGUGUCCUGAUAUAUCGCGUUACUAUGGUAAUAGAGCUGCAUGUUACAUGAUGCUCGGACAAUAUCGAGAUGCAUUGGCAGAUACUAAAAAAUGCAUUGAGCUAGAGCCAACAUUUUCUAAGGCGUACGUAAGAAUGAUCAAGUGCUAUUUGAUUUUGGGAGACAUUCUAGAAGCUGAGACCACAUUAAAAAAUUUGCACGAAUUUGAUACUAAUAACGAGUCAACAUCUGCAGAACAAAAAGACAUAGAAUAUGUAAAAAAAUUCCUCAAGGAUGCUGAUGCUGCCUACAGUGCUAGGGAUUAUCGUAAGGUUGUAUAUUGCAUGGAUCGCUGCUGUGACAUAAGUACAUCUGGAACACGUUUUAAGCUGACCAAAGCAGAGUGUCUAGCUCUUUUAGGAAGAUAUCAGGAAGCCCAGGAUAUUGCAAAUGAUGCUUUACACAUCGAUAAACAAAAUGCCGAGGCGAUAUACAUUCGUGGAAUGUGCUUGUAUUUCCAAGAUGAUGUUGAUAGAGCCUUUACACAUUUCCAACAAGUACUGCGACUUGCACCAGACCAUGUCAAAGCAUUAGAAAUAUACAAAAGAGCAAAAUGUUUGAAGAAGAAGAAAGAAGAGGGUAAUGCAGCAUUUAAAAGAGAACAGUAUCAAGAGGCUUAUAAUCUUUAUAAUGAAGCCUUAACAAUUGAUCCGCACAAUAUCAUGACUAAUGCUAAGUUGCAUUUUAAUAAGGCAACAGCUGCAGCUAAGUUAGGAAAGUUGAAUGAAUCUGUAGCAGAAUGCACAGAAGCUCUAAAGCUCAACGACAAUUAUUUAAAAGCUCUUCUGAAAAGAGCGAGUAUUUAUAUGGAACUCGAAGAAUUUGAAGAGGCAGUUCGUGAUUUCGAAAAAGCGUGUAAAAUGGAUAAGACUAAUCGUGAAACGAAACGGUUACUCGGAAAAGCUAAAUUGCUAUUGAGGAAAUCCAAAAGGAAAGAUUAUUAUAAGAUUUUGGGUAUUGAUAAAAAUGCAUCUACUGAAGACAUCAAGAAGGCUUAUAGGAAACGAGCUUUGGAUCAUCAUCCAGAUCGUCAUGCUAAUGCCAGCGAAGGAGAGAAAAGAGAGCAAGAAAAGAAGUUUAAGGAAGUCGGAGAGGCUUACGGUAUUCUCUCAGAUCCCAAGAAACGAUCUCGCUAUGAUCGUGGUCAUGAUCUAGAUGAUAACGAAGGUGGUUUCCAAGAUAUGGAUCCGAACGCAAUGUUCCACUUCUUCUGUCAAGAUGGAGGCUUUCAGUUCCAAUUUCACGAUGGUUUCCCUAGUAGUAACGCUUUUCAGUUCCAGUUUCCAGGUUAAUGAUGUUUUUAAAAACUCAUGAUAUGAUACGGUGUAUCUAACUGUGUAUAUGGUAUUCGAGUCUGUUUCAGUAAAUAUACCUCAUCGAAUUUUUCGAAUAUUUAAGCUUACGAUGCAAUGUAGUAUCAUUUUGCGUUUUAUUAUAUUGAAGUUGAUGAACGUAAGGAUUCGUCUGAACGAUUGAUACGUAUAUUUAUUUCAAUAUAACAAAGUUGUAUAUAUAACAUUCAUGAUUUUAUUAUACUCGUAUAUUACGAUACGAUAGAUUUUCGAUUUAAUAUAAGCGAAAGAACAUUAAGGUUAAUCGUCGAAGUACAACAGGCAUUUUCGAAGCCUGCAACACGCUUGUACCUGACGAAACCUUUGAUAAUAGAUAAGAAAAGAAAAUAUCCAUUAGAUUGAUAGAUGAAAUAUUCUUAUUGAGAAGUCUAUUUUAUUUUUUAAUUGAAAUCUCUAGACAACUGUCUUGUCAUGAUCACAUUGUAGGUAUUAUAUUGAUCUGCAAAAGACUACAGCUUUCACUUAUCAAUCACUGGAAUUGUUUUAAACAGUUCGUUAAAAUUUAAAAUCGAGAGUUUACUAUAAUUUUACUGACUGCUACGAAGUAAGUAUAUGAUGUGUAAUCGUUAACGAAAUAUUGUGUUUCGUAGACUUUGUGCCCGUAUAACGUAUACCUGCUGGUUCCAUAUCUGUUUCUACAAAUAAAAGCAAGAUACGACUGUCUUAUUGCAAAGUAAUUGAACGGUAUAAAUUCCGUACGAUAUGAAUCCCAUACAUUUAUCUUGCGACGAUACACGCGCUUAAUAUAAUCGUUCUCAAAUAAUUAUAAAAGUUAUAAGAAUAUAUUGUUUCUAUCUACAAUGUAUUCAUUCCAUAGAACUUUCUACAAAUAUAUAAAUUAUAAUACA